AUGGACAACACAACUCUUCGUAAGUUUGAGAGCAUCAGCUUAGGAAAAGGGCCACUUUUUGACUGGCAACAAGAGCCCCAGCUGGUCCCUUACUAUCUACAAGGGAACCGCCGCUUUGAAUCAAAUGCUAUGAUUGAAGCGCGUAACCGAAUCAGGAAUUCUCCUGAAGUCCGUGAAUCAAUAAACCGCUUUUGGAGUUUGGUCAAGAAAAACCCAAUGGGCAGGGUGGAGAAAGAAGUCUACACCCAGCUUUGCCUGUGUUUUUCUAAGCUGCUUCUUCCUGACUUCAGCAGAGACGACAGCUUAAAAGUCAUUGAAGAAGACUGGGAUACCGACUCAGCUGGCGCUGAUGCUUUAGACUAUAAACACUUCUAUGACGCUAUUUUCCAGCUUGCUGACAUAUGGACUGAAGAAGUCAACCCUAACACUUAUGCAGAGUUUUUAAUCAAAAUUUACAGAAGAAUCACUACAAAAAGAGUGGUAACCCAAAAUGGUGAAGUCAAAAAAAUAAUGCCAAGCAUAAAACUUGUAUUCCCUGACAGUGUUAAAAAAGAAGACGACUGGGAAGAUGUGCAUAGUGAUGAGAGCUAUGACUCAGAUUAUGAAUAUAACUUUCAAGAAGCGGAAGGAAAACGGCAGAGGGUAAAAAGGCUGAAAAGAGAAACUAAUAAUGAAAAAGAAGGAGAUGAGCUUAUGUAUGAUGAAAUUGUGGGGAGUGACUGGGAAAUUCCUGAAGAAGAUGAACAGAUUGAAAUGUCUGAGCUGGAUGAUAUCAUCCCUUUUGGAAAAAUCGCUCAUAACUAUAUUUCUUCUUUGCAUGACCCAAGAGCUCAGGAAGAACACUUGCAAGUUCCUUUUUCAACUUUUAGCAAGGCUGUAGAGAUUCAAGAAAAGUUAGAGCAUGAAGAAGAUGAAGAAGAAGAAGAAAGGGCUGCAUGACUUUUGCUAUGAAUUUUUUGGCAGUUUAGCAAAUUCUCAUAGGGAUUUUACUGAAUAUUGCUUUUUGAUAAUUUAUAUAGAAAUGUCAUUAAUUUUCAGAGAAAAUGCUGAUAAGAAAAAAUUCAACAAAUUUUCCUAAUGUAUGUCUAAUAUCAAAAAUUGCAGAGAAAAAGCUACACCGAAGAAAUGGCCCCACUCAAAAUGGUUUCUCUUAUUCCCCCUUUAAGAUGCAAAUGGUUGGAAACUUCCAACUUUUUUUGGGAUUUUUAUCCUACAUAGCAAGUAAAAUUUUUUUAUAUAAAUUAUAAUUUAGAUUUAUCCAAUUAAUAUUUUUAAAAUUUAGACAGCUUGCUUAAGAUAAAUUAAAUACUUUCAUUAGCAAGCAAAAAUACUUACUCAUUCUUAGAGUGUUAAAAGAAGGGAAGUUAGCUCCAACGAUAAAAACUUUUUAGAAGUGAAAAGCUGGAACAAAAAAAUCCAAGAAGCCGUUAAAGAGACAAAUAAUGGUGAAAUGACGCCAGUAGGACUAUUUCUUCAUAGCCUUUCAAAAAGCGUGCAAGACUAUAUUACAAUCAUCCCUGACGAAAAAAAGACAUAUAUCAGAAACACACUAAAAAGAAAAUCAUCAAUAAAAAUCACCAAUGCAAGCGUAAAAAUAGUAGAUGGAAAUUUAUCAGCGACUAAGAUUGGAAACCGUCCUUCAGUCCAUGAUUUCAACUUGACAGCUAUUCCUGAACAUAAAGGCAUGGAAAUGGCAGGGUCUGCGAUUUUAGGCGAUGACAUGAAUUCUGGUGAGCUUAGCUUGCAAAGCGGGAUUCCAACAGUAAAAUCUGCCACAAUUUCAGGACUUCGAAAAAGCUUACUUGAGCAGAAAUACUUGCCCAUGAUGAAAAGAUUCGAGAGGAAAACAAUCGUGCUUUCUAAGAAGGGAAAACUGCCUACAGAAGAAGUAUCCUCUUUAUCUGCGGUAAACCAGUCAAAAAUAGAAGAUGUUGAAGAAGAAAUCAACCCAGAGCCUCUGAAACUGCUUGAGUCCUUACAAAGUGCAGAAAAAGCGCCUACAGUUGACCCUAAUAACGGCUUGUGGGAUAUUAUUGAAAGAGUCAAUAAUGAUGUUCUGAAAAUCUUAAUAUUAGGCAAGCCAAGAAGUGGGAAAACCACUUUAGCAAAAGACUUAGCAGCUUCAUUAGAUUUAAAACAUAUUGAAAUUACUUCUAUUAUUGAAGCUCUGAUUAAAAAAGGACAAGUGGAAGAUGAAGAAAUGUAUGAUGAAGACAACCCAAAGCCAGAAGUUUACACGCCUUUCGAAAAAGAAAUCCUACAGAGACUAAAAUUUCCCAUAACUUUUAAAAAAUCAUCUAAAAAUAUUUUAGUAUUUCAAAAAAUAUCAAAAUUUGACGAUCAGGGAUAUAUAUUUACUAUGAUAUUUAAAUAUUCAGGAAAAAUAAUUAUUGUAAGUCAUGCAAAAUAUAUAGUUGAUAGAUUAAGCGAAGGAAAAUCUUUAACUGAUGAGCAAAUAAUCGCCCUUGCAGACGAAGCAAUUCACAGCGAUGAAGCGGAAAGCAAAGGCUUUGUGCUCGAUUUACCCCUAACCCCUGAGCUGUCUGGGUUUAUUUUGAGCGUAAAAUUCAAUUUUGUUGUUGACUUAGACAUCUCAAAUAACGACCUAGUAAAACAAGUAGAUGGCUUGAAAUGGGAUCCCACCACAAACACUCUCUAUACAAAAUACAACAUCACAGAGCUCAAAAAGCCAAAAAUGAUCGUCGAUGAGAACGACGAACCAAUUGAAGACGAAACUCCAAAGCCAAAAUUCGAAGAAUUUGUAGUAAGAGCUGACGACACUAAUGAAAAUUAUUAUAAAUCUAUUGGUGACUAUGUAAAAAAGGUCAGAAGUAUGUUUGACGGCAUGAUAAAUUCCCUUCCAGUAUCAUGGCGUUUUGAUUUUGAUGCUGCAGGCUUGAACCCAACAGUCCGAAGAGAUGCAGUCCUUGCUAAAUUAGGCUCAAGAAAAAAUAAAUUGCCAGCUGCCAAAAUUUUGGAGCCAGAAAAUGAUUUUAAAGCCCUUCUUUUCCAAAAUAUUGACGAAGGAAAAGAGCCAAGAUCAUGGUCAAUUUGGAAACAAAUUGACCCUGUAGCCUUAAAAGAAGAAAAAGUAGUGGAAGGAAAGCCUGAAUUUGCAGUCGAGUUUUCAAAUAAUGUAUUUGUAAUGAGCUCUGAAGAAAACCAAAAGAAAUUCGCCAGCAACCCUCGAAAGUAUCUAAAUGAUGAGCCAAAAAUGCCACAAUCUUAUAGAGUUUUAUUAAUCGGCCCACCAAAGUCUGGCAAAAGGACUCAGGCUGAAUAUUUAUCAGCAAAAUAUGGCUGGAAAUUAUUUGAGGCUAACGAAGUGGUCAGCCAAAGCAUUAUGUCUCAGAAAAAGAACAGAAAAUUACUUCGACCUUCUCAUCCUGAGUCAGGAUUUGUGCAAGCUUCAGAGCCUGAAUUUCAAUCUAUUCUGAAAGGAGGCGCUUUGGCAUCACCAUUACUUAUGCCAAUUUUGCUACAAAAACUUGGCGUUCCUUUACAAAAGAAGCCGCCACCUCCUCCAACUCCAAAAGAAGGCGAAGAAGAAGAGCCACCAACUCAGCAGCCUACAGACAGAUCAAUGAGAUCUAAAAAAGAUGAUAAAGACAGCGACAAAGAAAGCAGUGAAGGCGCUGUUGAAGAACAAAAAAUCAUUGAGGAUGCCCCUCUAGGCGAAGAGCCAGCUGCCCCAGAAGUCUCAGCCACUCCUGAGCCUAUUGUCUAUGAAGAUUUGCCGCUCACAGAAAUUGUAGCCCAGCCUAUAAAGCCAGAAGAUUUACGAAAAAUAAUUAACGGGCUUAUCAUGAUCGGGUACCCUGCCACAGUAGAGGACGCCCAGCUUCUUAAAGACUCAAAUUUCGAGUUCGACAAAAUUUUAUACUUCAUUGACCCUACAGAUGGACAAGAGCUCGUUAAAAGAGGCAUCGAAGAAAUGUUUGACCUCACCCAAGAGCUUACUUUGGCUGAUCAAGUCUCAGGCGCUUGCAAAGAAGUAUUUGGUGAGGAAACUGUUAUAGAAAUCCCAAUUGUUGGAAGUGAAGAAGAAGUCCACAAUUUAAUUUGCAGAAAACUUGACCCGUUUUAUGUACAAAUUGAUGCACCAGAAAUUAAUAUAGUUAAAGAUGAUGUAGAAGAAGGAAAAGUGCCUUUGCCACUGGGAGAGUAUGGGAAGUAUGACCCUGUUGUGAUGAAAGAAGAUAAAUGGAUAAUCCCAGGGUCUGAGGAAUUUGAAGUCCAAAGCUUUGGGAAGCGAUAUAUUUUUGCUGGAGAGGCUGAGAUGGAAAAAUUCAAUAAAAAUCCGCUGAGCUAUAUUUCUCAAGAGCCAGUUGUAGUUCCACAACCUCAUUUAAUGGUUUUCGGGUCUCGAGGUUCAGGAGUAAACACAAUGGUUUCAUUGGUUUCUCAGAACUAUCAAGUAGAGUCAGUUCCUCUUAAAAACUUAUAUCUAAAAGUCAUUGCAGAAGAGCAGCUAAAGCGCCGUAAAGAAAGACUUUUAAGAAAAGGAUUUACCCCUAAAGAAGAAACUGACGAGCCUUACGAUCCUUUAAAUGAUGACCCAGAAAUCACUGAAGAAGCUGAAGACUUUAACCAAGCUCUUCAUGAGCAAAAAAUGAUGAGGGACCUCUUAAAAGGAGACAAACCGCUGAUUAUCAAUAGCAGAUGGUUUGAUAUUGAAGAAGAAAAGGUUUCUCAAAAUUUAAUUGACAUUUUAUCUGAAAGCAGAAGGCUGCCUGAAAUUGCAUUCAUUUUGAAGAGUUCUGAAGAAAAUACCAUCAAAAGAUUACUGGGCACUGAAGGGAUUGAAGCUGAGUAUAAUAGGAUUAUGGAACAAAGGAGGAUUGAAAAGCAAAAAGCAAAAGAAGAAGCCAGAGAAGAAGCAAGAAGACAGAGAAUUGAGAACGGAGAAGAUGAAGAAGAAUUACCUCAAGAAGAGGAAGAAGAAGAGGAUGAAGAAGACCCAGAUGCCCCUGUGCUUGCAGAUAUGCUUGAAGAGGCUAAACAAAAAAUCAUCCAAAUGCGAGAAAACGAUAUCCAACAAAUGGAAGAAACCAAAGAGAAACUUGAAGAAAAAGGCGUCAUUGUAUUUGAAAUCAACGGUGACAUGUCAGUCGAAAGAAUGUAUCAAAAAAUCGACUUUGAAAUCAAGCAGCAGCUAAAAGGCAGAGAAAACUUAAUUGAACGACAAACCUCUGUAAAACUUUCCAAAGAAAAAGCUAUGGAGCUGCUUCAAACCCAAAAAGUGUUACCGUCUGCUGUAAGAUUUAACAGUCCUAUAAAGUCAGACAAUCUAAGAAUUUCAACUGAGUUUCCAGUGCUUUACAGAGACAGAAUUUAUUUCCCAAAUUCUAUUGAAGAACAAAAAUCAUUUAUAGAAACUCCAUUGGCCUUCAGUAAAAUUGAAGCUGCACCAUGGGAUAUUCAUAACCGUCCAUACUGUGCAAUUAUUGGAAAUCCUCUUACUGGGAAAACAGCCUUAGCCAAAGACCUUGCAAAAGAGCUUGGAAUAGUCAGAAUUUCUUUAAGAGAAACAAUAGAAGAAGUCUUAAAGCUAGAAAACGAAUUAGGUCAAAGAGUUCGUGACGUGUUAGGAAAUGGCUAUGCUCUUGAAGAGUCUUUAGCUGUAGAAAUAAUCUGCUGGAGAAUUGAGCAGCAUGAUGUAGUAGAACAUGGUUGUGUCCUAGAUGGAUUCCCAAAGACGAUUCAACAAGCUAUGCUGCUAGCUGAGUUUAACAAGCUUCCAAACCCUAUUUUUUAUUUAGAUGCAGAGCCUACAAGUGUAUUGAAGCGUCGAGGCCAGAAAUUUAAGCAUGAUAAAAAAUCAUUAAAUUCCCAAAUAAAGCAGUCUACAAAAAAUAACAAUGAAAUCCUCUCAUGGGUCCAGAACACCUUUGAUACUGCCAGAUAUUUAUCAACUGACCAUUCUAAAUGGUGGGUUAAGGAUACAGCAAUUGAGCAUCUUAGCAUAGUAUAUGGAGCCCGAAAUAACUAUGCCAUUGCCAAGCUAAAAGGCACACCUAUCAAUAUACAAUAUUUAGGAAUUGCCAGACAAGACAUAAGCAGCGCCUUGAGUAAGUUCAAAAGAUAUGAUAUUGUUAUAUGGAAGUUUAGAGGAGAGCUUAAAGAAGUAAAAAAUAGCGACUAUGUCGUGGAAUAUAACUCAAGAUUUUAUGUGUUUUCAAGCAAGGAAAAUAUGGAUGCCUUUAUUGCGACACCUGAAAAGUUUUUAAAUGCAAAACCACUGCCAAAAGAUUUACCAAGGCAACUUCAACCAUCUGAGUGCGGAGAAAUCGCUGAAAGCAGAAUUGAGUUAGAUGGGCAUUGUGUGGUCACUUUGGAAGAAGAUAAAAGCUGCGUCAGAGGCGACCCGAUGAUUUUGGCUGCUUAUAAAGAUAGAAUUUUUUCUUUUGCAAAUAAUGCGCAGAGGAAUAAAUUUAUGCGAAAACCUCAAAAAUAUGAAAAAACGAAUUUGCCGGUAAAAAUCCCACCAAAACCUGGAAAUGUGCCGUUGAGUAUGCUAGGGGAGUUUGAAAACUCAAUUGGAUAUAUAGAGCAAUCACUUGGACAAGUUGUGAUUAAAGCACUAUUAGAGGUUGGAAGCCAAAAAUUAGUAUAUCCAUUGUUAAACUCCCCUCCCUAUUUAAAUUGGAUAAAAAAUCCUAAAAAAAUUUCUUUGAAUUUUAAUUGAUUUUGGCUAAAAAUUAAUUACAAAAGCUAAUCCAUUUAGUGUGAAGACUGUUUAAGUAAUUUUAUCAAUUAAAAUUAGUCAAAACUAUAUUAUUUUACUUAAAAAUUUCCCAUUAAAAAAAAUUUUGUUCCAAUUUAAAGGAGGGUUAAAUUACCUAAAAAAUAAAAAAUUUAAGGAUGUUUUGCUCCAAUUUAAAGGAGGUGAGUAAGUGUCAAAGAAAGUGCACUAAAACACUUCGGACUUUAUCUCAAAGCCCAUAAUCCAAAAAACAGUAGAUACCAAAAUAAAAAAUAUGCAGAAAGAAUGAAGGAGUUCAGGGAGCAUUGCACAAUUAUGCAGGAGUUAUAUGAAGAAGGUGUUAGAAAAGAAAAUGGGGAGUUGAAAGAUUGGGAAAUAAAGAACAAUUAUACAAAGGGAGACAAUUUUUCAAAGAUGCUUGACCAAUAUCAAAAAGACAAAAAUUCGUAUUUAGCUCAUUUUAUAAGAUAA